CAGCAGAACACAAAACAAAGUAGAGUGCCAAGUGUAGGAUAGGGUUAGAGAAACAAGGAGAAGACACAAAGGACACCAAAGGGAUCACAUAGUUGGUGUUUUGAAGGAUUGUUGUCUUUUUAUUUUGUGGAAUUACGAAUGCCGGCAUCCACUUAAAUUUGGAAAGCAAAAGUCUGAGAGGAAAUGGCACAUGUCCACCAGAGAUACAUCUUGGCUUUGGCCUUGGUGCAUGUUGUGUUAUCCUCUGGGGUGUUUGAGUUGAAAAUUAAUUCAUUCCACACGGCGCAGCGCAUCUGCAGGAGACACAGGGACUGCCACAUAUUUUUUAGAAUCUGCCUCAAGCACCCGGAAGAUGUGAUCUCCGCAGAGCCGCCGUGCACCUUUGGAACGGGACAAACCAAUGUCAUCAGGGCCGAUCACACUUCCAUCUCCGGCAGUGCGCCAAUCAGGGUGCCUUUCCACUUCAAAUGGCCGGGGACUUUUUCGUUGAUUAUUGAGGCUUGGAACGCAGAAUCUCCAACUGAAUACACAGACAACCAAAACAACCUUGUGAAUCGCCUGGCGACCAGGAGGAGACUCGCCAUCGGCGAGGACUGGUCCCAGGAUGUGCACUUCGGAGAGCAGAGCGAGCUGCGUUAUUCGUACCACGUCUUCUGUGACGAAUACUACUUCGGAGACGGCUGCGCCGAGUACUGCAGGCCGCGGGACGACACGCUGGGUCACUACACCUGUGACGAGGAGGGCAACCGCAUCUGCCUGGAGGGCUGGAAAGGGAACUACUGCUCGGAACCCAUCUGCUCAGCGGACUGCAGUGAGAGACACGGCUACUGUGAGGCCCCAGGGGGCUGUAAAUGUCGCAUGGGUUGGCAGGGCCCCUCCUGCAAUGAGUGCGUCCGCUACCCAGGCUGCCUCCACGGCACCUGCGGCCAGCCAUGGCAGUGUAACUGUCAGGAGGGUUGGGGGGGCCUCUUUUGUGACCAGGAUCUCAACUACUGCACCAACCACAAGCCGUGCGCCCAUGGUGCCACCUGCACCAACACUGGCCAGGGCAGCUACACUUGUGCCUGCAGGCCUGGCUUUGGGGGUACGAACUGUGAGCUGGAAACCAAUGAGUGUGACAGCAACCCCUGCAAAAAUGGAGGCAGCUGCAAUGACCUGGAAAAUGACUACUCUUGCACCUGCCCGCAAGGAUUCUACGGCAAAAACUGUGAGAUCAUCGCAAUGACGUGUGCGGAUGGGCCCUGCUUCAAUGGCGGGACGUGUGUGGAGAGCAUGUCGGGAGGUUACACGUGCCGGUGCCCUCCCAGCUACACGGGCUCCAACUGUGAGAAAAAGCUGGAUCGCUGCAGCAACAGGCCCUGCUUAAACGGUGGCGAGUGUCUGGAUCUCGGCCAGAGCGUCCUAUGCCGCUGUCAGGCCGGCUUCACCGGUGCCAACUGCCAAGUCAACAUCGACGACUGCGCCUCCAACCCCUGCCAAAAUGCCGGGACCUGUCAAGAUGGCGUGAAUGACUACAUUUGUUCCUGCACCUUAGGGUACACCGGCAAGAACUGCAGCGUGCGCUCAGACGCAUGUGGAGAGCGUCCUUGUCAGAAUGGCGGCACUUGCUUCACUCACUUCACAGGUCCCGUAUGCCAGUGCCCGAAAGGAUUUAUGGGUCCAAGUUGCGAGUUCACGUUGCAGCCUAGUUUCAAGCCCGCUUUGCGCCAGACCUCCCAGCCCUCCUCGGCCACGCUAACCAUCUCCUGCAUUCUUUCCAUCCUGGUAGUGGCUCUAGUGGCUGGUAUUAUCUUGCUGAGGAGGCGCAGGAGGCUGCAAGGAAGGAAGCAGCUCAGCGACACAGCGGUUUACAAUGACCUGGAGACAGUGAACAACCUGGGGGGAAGCGAGAGAGACUCCUUCCUCAGUCCGAACGGUCUGUUCAAGAUCAGCAACAGCACGGCCCACCUCAGUUUCGACCCCUUUUCGGAAGGAAGGUCAGGAUACAGGCACAAUCCUGUUGAGAGCGGCCCGGCCAGAGCGGAUCUGAUAUGGAGGGACGAGGCAGGCCUUGGUUCAAUAACUGGGCUAAGAUGAACAGAAUUCAGCGAGAACACACUAAGAUGAAUAUUAGCACUUGGUGCUCCUCUUUCUUUGUGUACAGAAGGAGCAAAAUUCACCAGUUGAAACCCACUCUGCAACAACAUACCAAACAAUGGACUGCUCUAAUGAAGAACAUUUACAAAGAUUAUUCAAAGAAUUAUAUGGGGCAAACCUCUUUCACAUUUAAGACCCAAAGAGACAAUUAUUAAGAGCCAUCUUUCGGAGGACCUACAACUCAAACCAAAUGCACAAAGUUACAGUACUGAACAACUUUGGAAAAUUUGCCCCAGGUGUAUGACUUUAUUUUGAUACCAUUGUCCUUUUUUCAGAUUUUUUUUUUUUUUUUUUUUUUUUUGCAUUUCAAUCUUCCUUUCCUAAUUUUUUCCUUAUUGUACGCACCAUCAUUUUUAUACUUUAUUAUUUAUUUAUUUGAAAACCAACGUUUACGGCUCCACUUUGAUUGUCACAGAAAUAUAUUUAUACGAUGCUGAAUGAAGACGAACAUUAUUAUUAUUUUUUUCACGGGCUAUGGAAGAUAAAAUAUCCCAAAGUUAUUAAUGGCAGGGAUAUAAGGAUAUAUUUCAGUUGAGCGCUAACAACUGAUGACAUUGCCCUGUCAUGUGCCAUUGUUUGUGUUCAUGCCAAAGUUUGAGUGAUGUCAUGUGUAUUCAUUAAUAUUUAAGUUGAUCAUAAUGUGGUUUUGUUGUCGAAUAAAAACAGGUUUGAUGUAAUACAAUGCAGU